AUGACGCUGCUUUACGCGACAGACCAUGGUGUAAAUUGCCGUGUAUCUAAUGCUGAAUCUCUGAAUGAUCCUCAUGCGAGAACCGAGAGCAAUGGAACUUCUGUCAAUGGCAAGCCUAUGACAGAAAAAGCUGUACAAGUUCCUAUAGCCAUCUGUGGCAUGUCCGUACGCCUCCCCGGAGGCCUGCACUCACCACAAGAGCUCUGGGACUUCCUAAUAUCCAAGGGUGAUGCCCGUGGCCCAGUACCAGAGUCCAGAUACAAGGCUUCCGCACAUUAUUCCGAGAGGGAGAAGCCGAGUACAGUUGGAAGCGAUUGCGGAUACUUCCUGGAUGAGAGUAUCGACAUUUCGGCCAUCGACACAUCGUUCUUCAACAUGGGGAAAGCAGAAGUUGAGCGGGCAGACCCCCAGCAGCGGCAAAUGUUGGAAGUGGCCCGGGAGUGCAUAGAAGACGCUGGCGAAACUAAUUGGAAAGGUCAACAGAUCGGUUGCUAUGUUGGUAGCUUUGGUGAAGAUUGGGUUGAAUUGUUCGCCAAAGACAACCAACAGCACGGUUCGUACCGUGUGCCUGGCUACGGCGAUUUUAUGCUGGCAAACCGCGUGUCCUAUGAGAUGGAUUUGAUGGGCCCCAGCAUGGUCAUCCGUACUGGUUGCUCUGCAGCUCUUGUUGCCGUGCACGAAGCGUGUAUGGCGAUCUCUCGCGGGGACUGCCAGGGAGCCAUUGUUGGCGGGGUCAACCUAAUAAUGGCCCCGGGAAUGAGUGCUGCCAUGUCAGAGCAAGGGGUUCUUUCACCUGAUGGAUCUUGUAAGACGUUCUCCGCCGAUGCAAAUGGGUAUGCACGCGGAGAGGCAGUUUCUGCCAUCUUCAUCAAGCGGCUGUCUGACGCUGUCCGCGAUGGGAACCCUGUUCGAGCUGUUAUCCGUGGUUCAGCAACCAACAGUGAUGGGAGGGGAACCGCCGCUGGCAUCUAUGUUCCCAAUGACAUCGCCCAAGAAGCUUUGAUUAGACGCACCUAUGAAAUAGCCGGUAUCUCGGACUUGUCUGAGACUGCAUUUGUCGAGUGCCACGGGACAGGGACACCAACUGGGGAUCCUAUCGAAGCCAAAGCUGUUGGCCGUGUUUUUGGUCCUACCGGUGGCAUACAAGUAGGGUCUGUGAAACCUAAUCUCGGCCACUCCGAAGGUGCUUCGGGUCUGACUUCACUUAUCAAGACGGUGAUGAGCCUGGAACACCGCAUUAUCCCUCCAAACAUCAAGUUCAACGAACCUAACCCGGAUAUUCCGUGGAAUACUUCUGGAUUGGCAGUUCCAACGGAGCCAAUGCCAUGGCCUAAGAAUUGGAAGGAGCGUAUUAGUGUUAACUCCUUUGGCAUCGGAGGCACUAAUGCUCACGUUGUUCUCGAUUCGGCUCUUAGCUAUGGAAUAACACCUGUUCCCAAGCAGCCGAUGGCGUCCCCGCAACUGUUGGUCUAUUCAGCUAACACUGCAGCAUCACUGAACAAAAUGACUUCAGCGUACAAGGCCUGGGCUGAACAGAGUCCGGAUAGAGUCAAUGAUCUGGCGUUCACUCUGGGUAACAAGAGAGAGCACUUACUUUAUCGGGCAUUUGCCGUAGCAAGCCUGGCAGGCUCUUUGACUACGUCGCCACACUCAAAAGCCGGGAGACCACCCAAUGUUGUUAUGGUGUUCACUGGUCAAGGCGCCCAGUGGCCACAGAUGGGACAUUGCCUACUCCUGAGUUCAGCCUUUCCUACCUUCAGGAAGUCAAUCCAAUCACUCGACGCCCACUUGCAAACUCUCAACGAUGCACCUGAAUGGACCAUCGAAGACGAGCUCCAAAAGCCGGUCCAGUCUAGCAGGUUGGCUGCAGCUAGCAUCUGCCAGCCUCUCUGCACGGCCAUUCAAGUUGCAUUAGUUGAUACUCUCACCUCGAUUGGAGUUCAUCCUACUGCUGUCGUGGGCCACUCAAGCGGAGAGAUCGCUGCUGCGUAUGCCACUGGGGCUAUCACAGCUUAUGAGGCAAUCAUCAUUGCUUUCUAUCGUGGCCAGGCCACCAGGUUGCAAUCCAAGGCUGGAUCAAUGGCGGCUGUAGGCAUGAGCUCUAAGGAUGUCCAACAGUAUCUCGAGCCAGAAGUAACUGUUGCUUGCGAAAACUCGAUGGAGAAUGUCACUCUUGCUGGCGAUGCCGAAGCGCUAAGACUAGUUGCUCGCAGAGUCAAGGAGGCCCAGCCUGACGUCCUCGUAAAACUGCUGCAAGUCGACAUGGCAUACCACUCCCACCAAAUGGUUGAAAUUGGGGGCCGUUAUCACGCUAUGAUUGAAAAGAUGGUGUCCGCUACAUGCCCCAAGAAGCUGUUCUUCAGCAGUGUAACGGGUAAGCAGGCUUCUUUGGACUGCUGUGGCCUCGGCCCCAAGUACUGGCAAAAAAACCUCGAGUCUCCCGUGCUGUUUCACUCAGCUGUCUCAUCAAUUAUGCAGCACGACAUUGCUGGCAACAUGGUUCUUCUUGAAAUUGGACCUCACUCAGCACUUGCAGGGUCGUUGCGCAAGACCCAGACGCAAUAUUCGAACACUUCCCCCUAUGUGUCAGCACUUGUGCGCUACCGGAAUGAUGUGGAGUCACUACUGACAGCCAUUGGAACACUGCACAGUUUGAAUGUGCCCGUGGAUCUCAGCAAAGUUAUCCCCAAGGGCUCGGUUUUACCUGAUCUACCUAGAUACCCAUGGGACCGCUCCCAGAAGUUCUGGUAUGAGUCUCGACUGAGUAAGGAGUGGCGACACCGCGAACACGGACAUCACGAUCUUCUUGGUGUCCGUGUUGCCGACAGUACAGACUUUAACGUACUUUUUCGGAACGUCUUUCACUUGGAUAAUGUACCAUGGAUCCGUGAUCACAAAGUCGGUGAAGACAUUGUCUUCCCUUUCGCCGGAUACGCUGGUAUGAUCGGUGAAGCUGUUCGUCAAUUGACGGGGUUGACCAAGGCAUUCAUUCUGCGUAAAGUUAUCAUUAGCACCGCUCUCGUGCUACCUGAAGGUCGUCCUGUUGAAAUCACCACAUCGAUGCGUCCCCAGUACUUGACGGACUCUCUCGAAAGCGAGUGGUGGGAAUUCACCAUUGCAUCCCAUAACGGAACUACUUGGACGAAGCAUUGCUCUGGACAAGUUAAAGCCGAAAGCAAACCCCCGGGGAAUGCAGAAAGGAAUGGCCCAUUAGUUCGUCAUAUCACCACCCGCCGUUGUUAUGAAUCUAUGGCCAAGUCGGGUCUCAACUUCGGGCCCACGUUCCAACGUCUUGACAAUAUCCGGUCCGACACUGUCGAGACGAAGGCAACAUCAGAAGUUGUUGCCAAGGAACAUGACGGCAAGGACUGUCAUAUGCAUCCGACUACAAUUGAUGCCUCGCUGCAGUUACUCAGUGUAGCGGCAUCCAAGGGUUUCGUUAAUAGCACCAGUAAAUUGAUGGUCCCCACCAAGAUUGAAGAAAUGUGGAUUAGCCGGUGCUCCGAAGAUGUUCAAGUCACAGCUUCCGCAUCCUACACAUUCAAUGGAAGAAACAUUGUUGGUGGUGCGCAGUGUAUUUCCACAGAUGGGGAGCUUGUUUUGCGCAGCUCCGGGGUCAGGCUCUCGGACCUUGAUAACGGGGGCUUUGAAAAGCUUGGAGAGGCCACCGCGCGCGCGGAAUGGGGUCCUGGUAUCGACUUUCUAGAUGCUAACACCCUGAUUAAGCCAUCUGUUGACCGCAGUAUCCACAUGCCGGUGUUGGACGACCUGGCUAACCUGUGCAUGGUUCAUACAAAGAGAUGCAUUGCAGGAAUACAUACCUCAAUGGACCACAUGCACAAGUAUAGAUCGUGGAUCGAUAAGCAGUGCCAUAGACACGAGCUCCAGGAUCUUGACAGAUUUGAUAACGCGGCCAUCGAUUCACAAAUCAAUUCUAUUGUCAAAGAUUUGUCUCAAACACCAGCUGUGGAUGCUGCCGUGGCAAUCCACAAAGUCUACACCAACACAAAACGUAUGUUCACUGGUGAGGUUCAGGCGUUGGAUGUUCUCCUAAAGGACGAUACGUUGGCCAAUCUAUACACUUAUGCAGACGAGUGCGACGAGUCUGAAUUUUUCAAGCAUCUCAGUCAUAGCAAGCCCAACCUGCGUGUGCUCGAAGUUGGAGCUGGAACAGGUGGCUCCACUGCCAAUAUUCUAAAGUUGCUAACACUCGGUGGUCGACGUCGUUAUUCCAAGUACGUCUUCAGUGACAUCUCAACUGGGUUCUUUGUCGCUGCCAGGAACCGCUUUAGUGAUUAUCCGAACAUGGAGUAUCGUCCUCUUGAUAUCAGUAAGGAUCCAUCUGAGCAAGGGUUCGAUGGCCAGAAGUUCGACCUUAUAUUGGCGACGAAUGUCAUUCACGCCACUAAGACUCUAAAUGGGUCUCUAUCCAACGUUCUAAAGCUACUGUCUCCCGAUGGUCGGCUGUUGCUCCAUGAGCUUACUCCAGCGUCCAAGUGGAUCAAUUAUAUCUGGGGCACGCUACCUGGAUGGUGGUAUGGGGAAGAUGACGGCCGGCUUGAUGAGCCCUACGUUAGUGUCGAACGGUGGACGAAAGAGCUAACAGCCGCUGGAUUCUGCGUCCCUGAUGCCGCUGUCCCUGAUUCACCAGCUCCAUAUCAGCUCAACACUAUUAUUUUGGCCGGACCGGCAGUCAUAAAUCCUCCCAAGAAAAGGAUUACCCUUCUUACCCUACGCGAGUCCAAGAGUAUGCACUCUGUUGUCCACGUUCUGGAGAACAGAGGAUAUGCCAUUGAUCUUCGGGGGCUGCAGGGGGGGUUACCAAUCGGUCAAGAUGUGAUUGCGUUGCUUGACGACGGUGGACCCUUCUUUGAAAACAUUGAUGAUGAGCGGUUUAAGGCCUUUCAGUCCUUGGUAGAUCAGCUCAAAGAAUGUGGGAUUCUCUGGAUUACUGGCCUUUCGCAAAUGCAAUGCCACAACCCAGGAUUUGGACAAGUCAACGGUAUUGCCCGUGCCAUACGUUCUGAAAUGCUGAUUGAUUUCGCCACUUGCGAAGUUGAUAAUGUCAGUUACUCUGCGGAAAAAAUCAUCGACGUGUUCGAGCAGUUCCAGAUGCGACAACGAUACGACGUACUUAAGCCUGAGUUUGAAUAUGCCAUUGUCAACAAUAUUGUCCACGUCCCACGCAUCCAUUCCUUCACGCUACAAGAUGAGCUUCAAGAGUCCGGGGCAAACUCGGGUAUUUUCCUGCAUACCAGCAAGCCUGGUCUCCUCCCUGCUUUACAUUGGGUGAACCAAGAGAUGGAACCUUUGAAAGAUCGAGAAGUAGAAGUUGAAGUAUACGCCACCGGACUUAACUUUAGAGAUGUUUUGGUGGCCAUGGGUAUUGUUGAAGGCCCGGCAAAUGACUUCGGCCACGAGGCGGCCGGAAUCAUCCGACGCACCGGCCCUAAUGCGACACAUCUCACGUUGGGCGACCGUGUUAUGCUUUUGUCGAACAGCGCAUUUGCUUCAACUCGAGUUGUGGCUGAGGACCUUUGUGUGAAAAUCCCAAGUGGGUUGAGCUUUGAAGACGCGGCCACCAUGCCCUGCGUGUAUGCCACAUCCAUAUAUUCCAUCUUCAAUGUCGGCAAUCUAAAGAAGGGCGAGUCUAUUCUCAUCCACAGCGCCUGUGGUGGUGUGGGCCUCGCUACAAUUCAGCUUGCUCAGAUGGUUGGUGCCGAUGUUUACACAACAGUUGGCAACGAAGAGAAGGUCAAGUACCUCAUGGAAACCUUUGGGUUGCCUCGGAACAGGAUAUUCAACUCUCGGAGUGAGUCGUUCGUGCAAGACGUCAUGCGAGAGACAGACAAUAGAGGUGUUGACUUGGCUCUGAACUCGCUGUCCGGCGAGUUGUUACAUGCUACGUGGAGAUGCAUUGCACCUUUUGGAAAGAUGGUCGAAAUUGGAAAGCGCGACAUUAUGGGAUCUGCAAAGCUCGAUAUGGGUCCGUUCUUGGCCAAUCGAAGCUAUUGUUGCGUUGACUUGGUCGAGUUAUGUCUCUGUAAACCGAGCAUUACAAAUGAGCUCCUCUUGAGAACCAUCCACCUACUCAAGGAGCGUUACAUACAUCCUAUUCGACCGAUCAAGGUUUUCGAUUCUGACCAUAUCGUAGACGCUUUCCGAUACAUGCAGCAAGGUGUCCACUUGGGGAAAAUUGUCGUAUCAAUGCGCAAGGAAUCCGGCCAGGCCAUUGUGAAUGAGAAUGUGGUGCAGCAAAAGAAGAUCACAAAGUUAAAUAAAGAGGGGGCAUAUCUGCUUGUCGGGGGUCUGGGAGGGUUGGGUCGCUCGAUCUCUACGUGGAUGGUUGAGCGAGGAGCCCGUCAUAUCAUUUACCUUUCGCGACGAGCAGGUGCCAGCAAAUUACACCGGGAUUUUGGUCAGGAGCUUGCCAGCAUGGGGUGCCGCGUCGACUUUGUGCAAGGAACGGUUUUAAACUUUGAUGACGUUUCUAGGGCUAUGAAGCAGGCUCAAGGCCGCCUCAGCGGCAUCUUGCAGAUGUCUAUGGCUCUUUGUGAUAAGAGCUUCCCUAGCAUGACAAAGGUUGAGUGGGAUGCUGCUGUUGAUCCCAAAGUGAAAGGAACAUGGAACCUCCACAAUGCUUCCCUCUCUAUCAAGGCGAACCUCGAUUUCUUCGUGUUGUUCAGUUCUCUUUCUGGUAUUAUUGGUCUGCCAGGUCAGACAAACUAUGCAAGCGCCAAUACCUUCAUGGACGCCUUUGUUCAGUUCCGCUUGAAUAUGGCACUUCCAGCCUGCGCCAUACAAAUUGGCCCAGUCGAAGAAGUGGGAUAUUUGGCUGAGAAUCAGUCCGUCAUGCAACGAUUCACCCACACGGGGGGGUUAGACAGCGCGGUUUCCGAGCAGGAGCUUCUUGGGGCUGUCGAGGCAGCCGUGAAUUCGACACAAAAGAGCUUCUAUCUUGGAGUCCGCUCUAACAUGUCCCUAAACAAUCCCGGAGAGCGUUCGCCGUGGAAGGGCGAUGUUCGAAUGGCGGCCUUCCAUAACGGAGAAGAAGCUUUUUCCACGCCAGAGUUUGGCUCUAGCAAUGAUCUACAGUCCUUCAUCACAAGGGCGAAGGCUGACACUGAUCUACUAGAUAAGAGUGAGUCGGCUCAUUUCCUUGCUCGGGAGAUUGGAAGGAAGAUUUGUAGCUUCUUGCUGAAGCCGGAAGAAGACCUGCAGACAAAUUGUUCCCUGUCUGAUCUCGGAAUGGAUUCUCUCGUUGCUAUUGAGGUAAGACAGUGGUGGAGGUCGGUUUUCGGGUUUGAUAUCAGUGUCCUUGAAAUGAUGGGAAUGGGGAACCUAGAUGGUCUUGGAGCGCACGCCGCCAAAGGUAUGCUCCACUUGUUCCGUGGAUUUGAGGCAUGA